GAGCAGUGUGUGCGGCGCCGAGCACGGUCACCAGGAAAGUUUUCACGUGAUGGGAUUUUGCCGGAAUUACCUAGCUACCGGCUUCCGGGAAGAUUUUCCGUCCGUCCGGCUCUGCGGACUCAAGGAGAGAAAGGAAAACAUUCCUCAGUGUAACCACACUUAGGACCUAAAGAGAUUCAUAAAUAUUUAUACACAGGUCCACAUCUGCCUCCCCAUGCAGAACUCCAUGAAAUGAAUAAAGCACCACAGCCUAUAACAGGACCCCCCUCCACCCCCCACCCUGCCCCCUCCCCCGGCCUCUCACAGCCCUCAUUCCCCCCUGGGCAGCCCCCUUCUGUUGUGUUUGCCACCCCACCGCCUCCACAAAUGAACCCAACACCACAGACCCGACAGUUUGCCCCAGGGCCACGGCCUAUACACCAACAGGGAAGCUUCAGGUCACUACAGCCCUAUUACACCAACAGGCCCAGCCUGCCUCCCAGCAGUGGGCCUCGGGGUGUCCCUCCCAACAGCGGCCCUCGGCCUGUGACGCCCACCCACGUCUACCAGGCAGGCCCUGGCUCCCAAAUGAUGAUGAUCCCUGGGCAACAGUUGCCCUUCCCCAGCUCACCACAGGGAGCUGCCUACUUCAUACCGGGACAGUACCGGUCAGCAACCUAUGUGGCCACACCCCAGCAAUACCCAGUCCCAGCAGGCACCCCAGGCUUCUACCCAGGCACCAGCCCCGCUGAAUAUGGUACUUAUGCAGGGGCCUACUACCCCGCCCAGCCUCAGUUCACCCCCUCGGUGCAGGCGGCACCGGUCAUUAUGAACCCUGCCCCACAACAGCAGCAACCACCACCUCAGCCUCCGCAACACAUCCACACCAAACGGGAGCGCAAACAGAUCAGAAUAAGAGACCCUAACCAAGGAGGUCGAGACAUCACAGAGGAGAUUAUGUCAGGGGGCCGAAGUGGCUCUACCCCAACCCCACCACAGACAGCCAUAUCUGGAACAGAAAGUCCAGCCCAGGCCAACGGUGAGAGCUUCACAGCUGCUGCUACACCAGCAGUGGUUAGACCAGAUGACAGAGGGAAACCUACGCCCCCUCCUCUGUCUAAGACCCCUGAACUUGCGAAGGGUGACCCUAUCCCCACUGAGGCUACCUCCUCUGACACGAACACUAAGCCCCCUUCACCCCCUUUACUAUCAGAAGCAGAGGACGCCCCUGUCGACACUAUUUCCACAGUUGCACCCAGCGUCCCUGUCGCAGACGUGAUGGAUGCCCCCCCACCACCACGAGAACCCACACCACCCCCGCAGCAAGCGCCCGAGGUGCCUGCCUACCCCGCACCCCUGCCCGACCCUAUCCCCACCUCUGCACAAGACAAAACAGACAAAGCAACAGAGGAGGAGGUCGAAGAGGAGGAGAUGGAGGAGGAGGAGGAGGAAGAGGAAGAGGAGGAGGAGGUGGAAGCAGAGGAGGCAGCAGCUGCCUCUUUGGACACUCCCCUUCCACCUCCCUCCGCCACUAAUGGUGUUGCAGAGGUUUUGCCAGCAAGGCCGUCGGUCGUUUUGCCACCCAGUCACCUCGAGGCGCCUCUGGAGUCUCCCAUCGCACAGCCCGAUGAGCUCCGCCUCCCCAACGGCCUGCCACUGCCGGCUCCUCGAGACCCCGAGGUGCCCGCCGUCAGUACUGCCGAGUGUGACGACAGCCCCAUCGCUGAGCCUGAAAUCAGCCUGCUGCCCGUCGUACAGUCCUACACAGCCAUCGCUCAGGCAGCACCUACGCCUGUCGUCCAAGCCGCACCUGCACCUGUUGACCAGCCUGCAGCCGCACCUGCACCUGCACCUGCACCUGCACCUGCACCUGCACCUGCACCCGCUGUCACCGCUGUUGACGAGAUUCCUCCUGAUCCGGUCGUCCCAGCAGCACCCACCCAGCCUGAGGUACAAGACACGGUUCCUCCAGAAGCCACGGAUGUCAAAGAAGAAGCCCCAGUGCCCCAGUCCACCGCCAAGGAAGAGAAGCCAUCUCUCGCAGAGACGGUUUCCAUAGCGGACAGUGCCCCGGAAACAGUGCCCACUCCUCCCCCUCCCACAGCAGAGGAGCGGGAGGACACUCCUCCUCCUCCUCAGAUGGUCACCCCUGCCCUUGUAGAAACUACUAUGCAAGCUGCUGUGUCUGUGCCAAAGAAAAAGAGGAAGAUAAAGGAUCUGAACAAAAAGGAGGCAGUGGGAGACCUCCUGGAUGCCUUUAAAGAGGUAGUGGCCCCACCGGAGCCCGAGCCAGCCCCCACACGAGCACCAGAGACCCAACCCCCCGCCACUUCCCCUCCUGCCCCAGAGGAGACGGACCUGACGUGGGAAGACAAGGAGGACAAGCUGGAUGCUGAGAACAUUCAGCCAGAUUCUCCCGAGCAGAACGCCACUGACAAGAAGUACCAGUACAAAGAGGAGCAAUGGAAGCCGAUCAACGCAGAGGAGAAGAAGAAGUACGACAGAGAGUUUCUUCUGGGCUUCCAGUUCAUAUCAGCCAGCAUGAACAAGCCUGAGGGUCUGCCUGCCAUCAGCGACGUCGUCCUAGACAAGGUGCAGCCCUGCACACUGAAGGCUAAUAAGACCCCUCUGCGUCAGCUGGACCCCAGUCGUCUACCAGGAAUGAACUGCGGCCCUGACUUCACACCCUCCUUCGCCAACCUCGGCAGGCCUGGCAUGGGAGGAGGAAGCAGAGGACCACCGCCCGGCAUGGGCAUCGGAGUCGGAGGCGGCUCACGUCGCUCUCAGCAGUUCCAGAGGAAAGAGCAGAGGAAAAUCAUCACCAGCAUGUCACUCAGCGACGACGUGCAGCUGAACAAAGCGGAAAAGGCUUGGAAGCCCUCGACGAAGAAAGCGGUUCGCAGCCGCGCAGAGGAGAGCGAGGAGAACGACCCGGAGCAGGUUAAGACCCAGGAGCUGUUUAAACGGGUUCGCAGCAUCCUCAACAAACUGACCCCCCAAAAGUUUCAACAGCUGAUGAAACAGGUGACGGAACUGACUAUAGACACUGAGGAGAGACUGAAAGGAGUCAUAGAUCUUACCUUUGAAAAAGCCAUCUCCGAGCCGGACUUUUCGGUGGCCUACGCCAACAUGUGCCGCUGCGUUAUGGGGCUUAAAGUCGAAUCCGCAGAUAAGCCGGGAAAUACUGUGAAUUUCCGCAAGCUGCUGCUAAAUCGAUGCCAGAAGGAGUUUGAAAAGGAUAAAGACGACGACGAGAUCUUCGAGAAGAAGCAGAAAGAGCUGGAGGCCACUUCAGUGGCGGAGGAGAAGCAGCGGCUCAUUGAGGAGCUACAGGAUGCUAAAGACAAGGCCAGGAGGCGCUCGCUGGGCAACAUCAAGUUCAUCGGCGAGCUGUUCAAGCUCAAAAUGCUCACCGAGGUCAUCAUGCACGACUGCAUUGUGAAGCUGCUCAAGAACCACGACGAGGAGUCCCUGGAGUGCCUGUGCAGACUGUUGUCCACCAUCGGCAAGGACCUGGACUUUGAGAAAGCCAAGCCUCGUAUGGACCAAUACUUCAAUCAGAUGGAGAAGAUCAUAAAGGAGAGAAAGACCAGCUCCAGAAUCCGCUUCAUGUUGCAGGAUGUGCUGGACCUUCGACGGAACAACUGGGUCCCCCGGCGAGGCGACCAGGGUCCCAAGACCAUCGACCAGAUCCACAAAGAGGCUGAGCUGGAGGAGCACAGGGAGCAGAUGAAGGUGCAGCAAGCCCUUGUCUCCAAGAAGGAGUCGGGCAGCGGCCCCGGAGGCAGGAUGGGCGGAGGAGGUCCUGGGGGUCGUGGUGGCCCUCAUACCCCAGGCCGCGGCGCUCAGCCCCAGGACGAGGGCUGGAAUACAGUGCCCAUCUCCAAGAAUCGACCCAUUGACACCUCUCGCCUUAGCAAAAUCACUAAGACUCCUGUUCUUGACUUCAACAAUCAGCUGCUUGCCCCAGGAGGUAAAGGUACAUGGGGGAGCUGGGGUAAGGGCAGCAGCGGUGGUACCACCACCAAACCUGCAGAUACUGGCUCAGAGGCAAGCGGCCGUCCAGCCACCAGUACUCUAAACAGGUUUUCAGCCUUACAGCAACCGCCGUCCUCCUCGGGCUCUUCACUGGACUCAGACAGACGGGUUCCUCAGAGAAACAGCUCGAGUCGAGAGCGCAGCGACUUCGACCGCUCUAACCGCGACCGAUUUGAGCGACGGGACGACCGCGACCGAAACCGCCUGCAGGUCACCAAGCGCAGCUUCAGCCGGGAGAAUGAGGAGCGGAGCCGGGAGAGGGAGCAGCGCGGGACGGCCGAUCCAGUCCGCAGGGUGGCAAGCAUGACGGACGACCGAGACAGAGGCAGCAGAGAGAGAGCCAGGAGCAAAGAGAAUGUGAAGCGGGAGACUGCCACACCUCCACCUCCCCCGGCCUCGACCAAGCCUGCCAUGACUGAGGAAGAGCUGAACAAGAAGUCCACAGCCAUCAUCGAGGAGUACCUCCACAUCAACGACAUGAAGGAAGCCCUGCAGUGCGUUCAGGAGAUGAAUAGCACUCAGUUGCUGUUUGUGUUCGUACGAAACGGACUGGAGUCGACGCUGGAGCGCAGCACCAUCGCCAGGGAGCACAUGGGCCUGCUGCUGCACCAGCUCAUUAAGACCGGCACCCUCCCAACACUGCAGUACUAUAAAGGGCUUCAGGAAAUCCUGGAGGUGGCUGAAGACAUGGCGAUAGACAUCCCACACAUCUGGCUGUACCUGGCAGAACUGAUCACUCCCAUGCUCCACGAGGGAGGCAUCCCCAUGGGAGAACUUUUCAGGGAGAUUUCAAAACCUUUGAUCCCUCUGGGCAAAGCCGGAGUCCUGCUGGUCCAAAUCCUCACUUUACUCUGCAAAGGAAUGAGCCAUAAAAAGGCGGGCACAAUGUGGAGGGAGGCUGGCCUCGGGUGGAAAGACUUCCUGCCGGAGGACGUAGACGUCAACAAGUUUGUGACCGAAAAGGACGUGGAGUUCACUCUGGGCGACGAGACAGAGAAAAACAAGAAGAAGGAGCUAAGCUCUGCAGAGCUAACCAAACAGCUGGACAGACUGAUUCAGGACAAGGCCGACAACCAGCGGAUCUUUGACUGGAUCGAGGCCAACCUCGACGAGCAGCAGACCUCCUCCAACGUGUUUGCCCGAGCUCUGAUGACUUGCAUCUGCCAGUCAGCAGUCAUCUGUGAGAACCCGUACAAGGUGGACGGUGAGCAGAUCAGACAGAGGGCGAAGCUGCUGCAGAAAUACCUGAAGGAUGAACAGAAGGAGCUGCAGGCCUUGUACGCCCUGCAAGCCCUGAUGGUGCAGAUGGAGCAACCUGCCAAUCUGCUGCGGAUGUUCUUCGACACCCUUUACGACGAGGACGUGAUCAAAGAGGAGGCCUUCUACAAGUGGGAGUCCAGCAAAGACCCCGCCGAGCAGCAGGGCAAGGGCGUGGCCCUCAAGUCCGUCACCGCCUUCUUCACUUGGCUCCGCGAGGCCGAGGACGAGUCCGACAACAGCUAGGGACUCCCCUCACUGUGGGGAGCGAUGGGAGAACCGAGUUGAGGAGCGAAUGUUCCAUGGAUGAUUCAGAAGACUCUGAAUCAAUAAAAAAAAACCUUCUGCAUAAACAGAAAAAAAAGCAAGAAAAAAAUUCUUCAACUGGGAGAGAUUGUAUUACAGAUCGAACAUUCGAUCAUGUUAUUUUUUUUGUUUUGUUUUUGUUUUCGGGUUUCUUGUUUUCCCCUCGCGCAAACCGAAUGUCUUUUUUUGAAAUAAGUGAAAUGAAAUAGAAAGAAUAGAUACGAGAGAGAGAGAAUGCUAAGAAGCGUUACAAGCCGUGGGAGAGGAUGCUGUUUCCUCCAGUGUUUUUUCCUUUUUUCCUUUUCUGGUUUACUUCCUGUUUUUAAAUGGCUUUCAGCUCGCCACGGCAACUCUAUUCAAGACACUUUGCAUAACGACAGAUGUAUAAGAAACUUUAAAAGGCUGUUCACAUCUAUAUUUUUGAUGAAUUCAUCCUUUGUCAUGUGGACACGACGUUGUGUGUUGUGUCACAUGCGCGAUGUUUGGAUCUACGUGACGCGCUUAUGUAGACGGCUAGCUUUUUUUGUUUCUCUUCUCUUUUUUUUUUUGUUGGAUGAUUGGAGUGUGUGUUUUGUAAUAAAAACAGAAAACUACAAAGAAAAGUGGCGAGAGCUGUCUAACGGACAUUUCAGAUAGGAGUUAGAGUAACGGUUGUGGACUCCGGACAGAGGAUCUCACGCAGACUUUAUGAGAGCAGUGUCAACUUACGGGGAGAAAAGGGGGGGGCUGAUGAACAUUGACCAUUUUGCUGCUGUGGGGGUGACGAUGCUUCCCUGACGCCCCCUCAACCCCCAAACCCCAAACAGUCCCCUCUGAUGUGUCUGUUUCACUCAUUUUGCUGUGCUUCAAAAAACAAACUGUGGACUCACAAAGGGAGAGCAAGAGCAAGGGCUCGCAGCCGCACCUUCCUACAAAGCCUGUCGUCGGAUUUUAAAAAGAUAAAAUAUCGUUAUUGAAACUUGAAAACAAAAAGUAUACGGUCAAAAAUCCACUUUAACGAAAAAGGACUUUAAACAUAGUUUAACAGUACAAAUCCUAAAGGCCUUUUCUGCUUCCAUGAGUGGAAAUUUCAGGAGAGUUCUGUAAAUAUAUGAUGGAUUGUUUAUUUUUUUGUUUUUGUUCUUUUUUUUUGUUCUUUUUGUUUUUCAAAGAUAAAAUGCUCUUUUUCCCUGUAUUUAUAUUUUUCUCUCCUCAGCUGGCAGAAGGCGCUUGUAAUUAUCCAACCCAAGUCAUUGAUUACAAUUUAAUUGAAAAUUUGUAAAUAUUUUUUGCUUUACUUUAUUAAAAAGAUAUUUAAUUAAAGAAAAUUAAUGCCUCUUUUCGCAUCCAAAACUGGAAGAGAGAAUAAAGAUCGUUG